AUGGCCAACCCUAGAGUCGAGGAGCUUCCGGACGAGGAGCCUACCAAGAACGUCUCCGUCGAGGAGGGCGCCGACGAUGACAGCUCCGACUCCGAGAUCGAGGCGGGCGACUCCAGCCUGCCCGCCGGCUCUACCGCCGUCAUCCACUCUCGCAACGAGAAGAAGGCUCGCAAGGCCAUGGAGAAGCUGCACCUGACCCGCAUCCAGGGGCAUCACCCGUGUCACCCUCCGCCGACCAAAGAACUUGGCGGGGCAUGGGAACAUGUGCUGCGCAAAAGGAGUGGCGCCUCUAUCCUCUUCGUGAUCAACAACCCCGAGGUGUACAAGUCUCCUAACAGCAACACGUACAUCGUCUUCGGUGAGGCCAAGAUCGAGGACCUCAACGCUUCCGCCCAGGCCGCCGCCGCCCAGCAGCUCGCCCAGGCCGAGCACGACCACGCUGGCCACGACCACGGCGAGUCCAGCAAGGCCGUCGAGGGUGGUGAGGCCAAGAAGGAGGAGGAGGAGGAGGAUGACGGUGAAGAGGUCGACGCCGAGGGUAUCGAGGACAAGGACAUCGAGCUCGUCAUGACCCAGGCCAACGUAUCACGGAAGAAGGCCAUCAAGGCGCUGAAGGAGAAUGACAACGACAUUGUCAACUCCAUCAUGGCUCUGAGCAUCUAA